AUGGCCAACAAUGCCGCGCACGUCUCUGCUGCCGCCCACGGCAGCGCGCAGCAUGCCGCAGCCGACGGCGCCGCACGCCCCGCCGACGAGCCCGAGCCGCCUGAUACGCGCGCUGCCCUCGCCGGCAGCACGCACCCCACGCUCGCACGCUCCCUCAGCACCCUCUCCAGCGGCGCCAGCAGCUCCGCGCCGCCCUCGCCGCACUCUGCCCGCGCGCCUCCUGCCGGCGCCCGCGCCGCUCGAGUGCUGCAACCGCAUUCACUGACGCGUGACGCCGACACGCUGCUGCCGCACAUUCUCUCCGCCGACGCCGUCCUUGCGGCGCUCGACUCGCACGCCGACGCCGGCCUCACGCCCGACGCUGCCGCGGCGCGCCUCGCGGCCCACGGGCCCAACACGAUCCGCGAGAGCAAAAAGGUCUCGGCGGGCGACAUUCUGCUGCGCCAGGUGGCCAAUGCGCUCACCGUCAUCCUGCUCGCCGCCAUGGCGCUGUCGUUUGGCGUGCGCGACUGGGUCGAGGGUGCCGUCGUCGCCGUCGUCAUCCUCGUCAACGUGGCCAUCGGCUUCGUGCAGGAGUGGCGCGCCGAGCAGACGAUGAACUCGCUGCGCACCCUCUCGGCGCCCACGUCGACGGUGCUGCGUGCCGGCGCGCUCCUCACCGUGCCGAGCCGCGAGCUGGUGCUCGGCGACGUCAUCGUCUUCGGCGCCGGCGACCUGCUGCCGGCCGACGUGCGCCUCAUCGCGCCGCUCGUCAACCUCGAGGUGGAUGAGGCGUCGCUCACCGGCGAGUCGGUGCCCGUGGCCAAGAUGCUCGACGCCCUCGAGCACGGCGCCGAGCUUGGCCCGGCGGACCGCAUCAAUCUCGCCUACGCCGGCACCGUCGUGACCAAGGGCCGUGGCCGCGGCGUCGUCUGCGCCACCGGUGCCACGACGCAGCUCGGCGUCAUCGCCGCCGCCAUGGACACGCGCGCCGAGCGCCGUGCCGCGCAGCGCGCCUGGCCGUGGUACCGCCGCGUGUGGGAGACCAUGGCGCGCUUCCUCGGCCUGCGCGACGGCACGCCGCUGCAGAUCAAGCUCUCGCUCUUCGCCCUCGUGCUCCUCGGCCUGGCCAUCCUCUGCGUCAUCAUCGUGUUCAGCGUCGCCACCUUUGAGCUGACCGACGAGACCAUCCUGUAUGCCGUCGCACUCGCCAUCGGCGUGCUGCCCGAGUCGCUCAUCGCCGUGCUUUCCAUCUGCUUCGCCGCCGGCGCGUCGCGGAUGGCCAAGUCCGGCGUCAUCGUGCGUCGUCUUGAGGCCCUCGAGGCGCUCGGUGGCGUCGACGUCAUCUGCUCGGACAAGACGGGCACCCUCACGCUCGGCAAGAUGGUCGUGCGCGAGGCGUGGCUGCCGGCGCGCGAUGCGGCAGACGGCCACAGCUUCGGCGUCGACCACAGCGGCCCGGCGCUCGAGCCUGCCGGGCAGGUGUUCCAGGGCGAGACGCGCUUCGACGCCGGCACGUACCCGCCGGCCAUGCACAGUCUCGUCGAGGCCGCGGCGCUCUGCAACGUCGCCACGCUCGCGCAGGACGACGCCGGCACGUGGUCCGGCCGCGGCGACCCGACCGAGCUGGCGCUGCAAGUCUUUGCGCACAAGUGCUCGCUCGGCCGCGCAUCGCUCACCGAAGGCGCCGAUGCGCAGUACACGCUGGCGCAGGAGCACCCCUUCGACUCGGCCACCAAGCGCAUGACGAGCAUGUACCGCAGCCGCGCCGAGCCCGACGUGUACCGCCUAUUCAUGAAGGGCGGCCUCGACCGUGUGCUCGAGUGCUGCACGGGCCUUCGUCGCGACGACGCCACGGUGCCGCUCGACGACGCUCUGCGCGCCGACAUUCGCGCACAGAUGCGGCGCAUGGCCUCCAAGGGCCUGCGCGUCUUGGCGUUCGCACAGCGCCGCGUCGGCGCGGCCGACAUCGACGACGCCAAGGACAAGAAGGAGGCGCGCGGCGAGCUCAUGGCGCGCACCGAGGCCGAGUGUCACUUUGACUUUGUGGCCCUCGCCGGCCUGUACGACCCGCCGCGUCCCGAGACGGCCGGCGCCGUCGCCACGUGCCACACGGCCGGCAUCUCCGUCAUCAUGGUGACGGGCGACGAGCAGGCCACGGCGCACGCCAUCGCCCUGCAGGUCGGCAUCCUGCCGGACCUCGCCACGCACUCGGCCGAACACAUCGACGCCCUCGUCACCAACGCCACACGCUUCGACGCGCUCACCGACGCCGACAUUGAUGCGCUCGAGUCGCUGCCGCUCGUCAUUGCGCGCUGCACGCCGCAGACCAAGGUGCGCCUCAUCAAGGCGGCGCGCCGCCGCGGCAUGCGCGGCGCCAUGACGGGCGACGGCGUCAAUGAUGCCCCGGCGCUCAAGAACGCCGACAUCGGCGUCGCCAUGGGCUCGGGCACGGACAUUGCAAAGGACUCGUCGGCGCUCAUCAUCACCGACGACUGCUUCAGCAGCAUCACCGAGGGCAUCCGGCAGGGCCGCUGUGUCUUUGACUCGAUCAAGAAGUUCCUCGUCGCGCUGCUCGUCGUCAAUGUCGCAGAGGUCAUCCUGUUGCUCAUCGGCCUCGCCCUGCGCGACAAUGCGCCCGACCCGGAGAGCAUCUUCCCGAUCGCGCCGCUCGGCAUCUUGUUCCUCAACCUUCGUGAGUUCGUCGGUCUUCCCGCCAUCGGCCUCGGCUUCGAGCUGCCGCAGCCGGACCUGAUGCGCCGCAAGCCGUCCAAGGAGUCGGCGUUUAGCCGGCAGGUCAUCUUCGAUCUCUUCGUGUACGGCUCGACGAUGGGCGUGCUCUGUCUCGCCGUCUUCGUCGCGAUGAUCUACGGCGUCCACGGCGGCGAGCUGGGCGUCGAGUGCAACGAGACGCUGCACGAGGGCAGUGCCACGCUCGCGGGCGUCUGCGACGGCGUCUUUGAGGCGCGCGCGGCGACGUUCAGCACGCUCUUCUUCCAGGCCAUCUUCAUCACGUGGGAGCUGCUCAGUAUCGAGGAGAGCUUCUUCACGCUGCACCCCGUCCAGCGGCUCAAGCAGAACCCCUUUCUGCUCUGGAGCGUCGUCGUCGGCAUCGCCAUCGUGCCGUUCAGCGUGUACGUGCCCGGCUGGCGCGACGUGCUCAAGCAUGCGCCCAUGAAGGGCGCCGCAUGGGGCCUCUGUCUCGCCGGCGUCGUCAUCUUCCUCGCCGUCGUCGAGGCGUGGAAGAUGCUGGCGCGCCGCGGCCGCUGGCCCUGGCUCACGCGCGUCUCGGGCGGCGGCGACGGCGUGCAGUGGCGCAAGAUGAAGGCGGCCGAGGCCGCCGAGGCUGCAGCCGCCGAGGUGUCCGGCGAGAAGGCCUGA